UCCGAUUUCCCGCCAAACUGUGUCUGGGGUUACUCUUCCCGCUGGUGGUGCUGUCAGGAAAAACCCCUGAAGUUCAUGGAGGCUUUUGACCCCGCCGAGCUGCCCGAGCUGCUCAAGCUUUACUACCGGAGGCUCUUUCCCUACUCCCAGUACUAUCGCUGGCUCAAUUAUGGCGGAGUGGUAAAGAAUUAUUUUCAGCACCGGGAGUUUUCAUUCACAUUGAAAGAUGAUAUAUACAUUCGCUACCAGUCUUUCAACAACCAAAGUGAGAUGGAAAAGGAAAUACAGAAAAUGAAUCCAUACAAAAUUGAUAUUGGAGCAGUGUAUUCCCACAGACCCAUUCAACAUAAUACAGUGAAGCUAGGGGCUUUUCAGGCUCAGGAAAAAGAGUUGGUGUUUGACAUUGACAUGACAGACUAUGAUGAUGUGAGGAGGUGCUGUAGUUCUGCAGAUAUAUGUUCUAAAUGCUGGACCCUUAUGACAAUGGCUAUCCACAUCAUAGACAGAGCUCUAAAAGAGGAUUUUGGAUUUAAGCAUUGCCUCUGGAUAUAUUCUGGAAGGAGAGGUGUUCAUUGCUGGGUGUGUGAUGAAACAGUUAGAAAAUUAUCCUCAGCAGUACGUUCUGGGAUAGUAGAAUAUCUAAGUCUUGUCAAGGGAGGAGAAGAUAUGAAAAAGAAGGUUCAUCUGAGUUCAAAGAUUCAUCCUUUCAUCAGAAAAUCAAUAAACAUAGUAGAAAAAUAUUUUGAAGAAUAUGCCCUGCUUGGUCAAGAUAUUCUUGAAAAUAAAGAGAACUGGAAUAAAAUUCUAAUGCUUGUUCCUGAAUCUCUUCAUGCUGAGCUUCAGCAAGGAUUCCAGAAGUUUCAUAAUUCUGUCCAGCGCUGGGAACAUUUGAAACAAGUAGUGAACAAAUAUCGGUCUGUCAGAAAUGAGAAAUUUGGACAGCACAUAGAUUGGGAAAUCAUGCUACAAUACUGUUUUCCUCGAUUGGAUAUUAAUGUUAGCAAAGGAAUCAAUCAUUUAUUGAAGAGUCCAUUCAGCGUUCAUCCUAAAACAGGACGUAUUUCUGUUCCUAUUGAUUUGCAGAAAGUGGAUCAGUUUGACCCAUUCACCGUUCCCACCAUAAGCCAGAUCUGCCACGAAUUAGAUAUGGUCUCCAGUAAUGAAGAUGAUGGGGACAAAGAGAAUGAAGCUGAACCUGAUACCAAGCGUCGCACUAGAGAUUAUAAGAAGACCAGUCUGGCUCCCUAUGUGAGAAGUUUUGAACAAUUUUUGGAAGAACUAGAUAAAUCCAGAAAAGGAGAACUUCUGAGGAAGAGUGAUGCACAAGGAGAUUUCUGAAGACUACGGCUCCUUUUAUACCAAAGUGAAUUUCUCUGACCUUCAGCCAAUCGUUCAUUGUAUCCAACUAUGUAAUAAUAUGCUGGACUAUACACAAUAUAAUUAUUGCAUCAUAGUUUACAAAUGUUAACAGCAGUUUGUAUUGAAAAGGUUCCUAAUACCAUUAAAAAUGUAUUCACAAGUAUAAGACAGUACCUGAUAGAAGAGAAUUUGGUGAUAGAUUUAAUAUCAUUUUCAAAGUAGAUUCUUUUUUUGGAGAAGAGGAAUCAGAUUUUCAAAGAUUGCCAUUCGUUAGCUUUCUGACAUAAUUUGUUUACAACAAAGUAGAUACUUUUGGGGGGGGGGGGGGGGACAAAAGUUUUUGCUUUUGUUACCAAAAAAUAUUUUAAAGGCAACUGAGUAAUAAUAUAUUCAAGAUCCUAAUUUUAAUUCACUGGAAACAGUGAAGAGAUUUUCCUGGUAAAGGAAGUUUAUCCUUAAGUGUCAGCUAGUUAAGUUUAUUGACUUCGUGUAUGUUCUGAGUCACAUCAGAGCUUUUCUGAGUUUCAGCUGCUCGGCCAUUCAUAGUCCCAGUUCUCAGCCUUCAUAAUUAAUUUUAAAAUAGCACACAGAGCUUUUUUAACUUUUUUCCCUUUUUGAAGUUUUUAUAUACAUGAGCCUUUCCAUACAGAACAUAGAGUAUUGCAUGUGAAACUGAAUCUCCAUUUCAUACUGCUUUUUUAAAUAAUAAAUCUGACAUGUUACUUUUCAAACUUGCUUAUCUAUACUUCCUUCUCUUCUAUGCAUUUUUUGUUUGUUUGUUUUUUGGUUUUUUGUUUUUUUGCUGAGGCAAUUGUGACUUGCCCAGGGUCACACUUAACAGAACUGUUAAGUAUCUGAGGCCAGAUUUGAACUCAGGUCUUCCUGAUUUCAGGGCUGAUGCUUUAUUCAUUAUACCAACUAGCUGACCCCACUUCUAUGCAUUUAUCUGGCAUCAUUGUUUCUAAUCUUUCUCCCCAACCCUCACUUUCCAUUCCUCUGUUAAAAACUGGAAAAAAUUUGUAACAUUUAAGUUAAACAAAAUGAAUCCACAUAGUGGCCAAGUCCACAAAUGUAUUAUCUCUUUCUGUUCCUUGAGUCCAUCACUUCUUUGUCAGGAUGUAGGUAACAUGCCUCACCUCUGGAGAUACAGUUAGUCAUUGCAUUGAUCAGAAUUCUUAAAUUUACCUUUCUAGGUUUUUCUUGUCUCUUAGUUUUUAUUUCAGUAUCUUUUCUUCAGAAAUGCUUUAAAGUUUUCUAUUCCAUUUCAUCUUUUAAAAUUUAGCCUUGCUAUUUUAACACUAUUGAUACUAAGUAUUCUUCAAGACUGUUUCCAAAGAAACUAUUUGUAACUACUUCUUGUACCCGUGUUCUCAAAAUUCUUAAAAUUAAGGAAACAUCUAGAAAUAAAUACUGGCUAACCUUA